AUGGAGGACAACGGAAGCGGGUCCGAGACUGGAUCAGAAACACCGCUACCUCCUUCUUCGUCUUCUUCUACCGAUAAAAGCGUUACCAACUAUAAGAAGAAUAAUACGAAGCCUUGUAAGAUAUGCGGAAGUAACGAGGAUGACGAUGAUGUAAGGAAGUGUUAUAAGCCGCACAUGUGGUGGCUAUGUGAAGUGUGCCGUACCUUACCUGGCGUAGUCGAAGUUAAGCCUGAAGAUUCUAAUGAGACAGUACUUCCUAAUGAUUCUGUUUCAUCAAGCAGUAGUCGUGUGGAUGCUCAGAACAGUGGUAAUGAAACCUCAGCGACUAAUCAACCUUCAGAAUCAGAGGCACAUACUACAAGUCCUGAAGCUUCUUCUGCAGCGUCCAUCAACACAUCUCCUGAGAAGAAACAAGCAGACUCCAACGCUCCCUCUGAUUCGGAAUCUUCAAAGUAAAUGAUUUUCUCAGAGCUUAGUGGUUGUUAGAGACAUCUGGAUUUUAGGGUUUCUUUUUUUAAAAAGGAUUGUUUCUUGGGUCGCAAGUGAUUUUACAUUAGACUUCUUUGAUGGUUAUUUCAUUUGCGUCAGUAUUCUUGAACAUUCUCCGUUUCUUCUUCUGUUAUCAGAGAGAUGUGCGAAGCUAGACAUAUAGAUUCAGGGUUUGUUUCUUAAAACGUGAGGUUCUUGGGUCGCAAGUUAGACUUUAGUAGAUAAGUGAGAUUAGACUUCUUUGGUGGUCAUUUGCUUCAGAACUCUUGUACAUUCUCCUUUACUAGCUACUUUGUUACAAAAAUAGUAUAUGCUUCAACGACAGUUUUAUAGAUACAAUUUCAUGAGUAAAUGCCUAAUGACAAUAUCUACCAAACGCUUAAGACUGAUUCUGAAAAAUGUGAAAUUUUAGAUAACUUAUAGUAUUAAUUUAACACUGAUUAUGAAAAUGUGAAAUUUUCGAUAACUUAUAUUAAUGGAUCACUCUGAAAAAGUUUGAUAAAUUUAUAACUAAACAAGAUUAAUAUACGCAAUUCCGUCUUGUCAAUUGUGUCCAAGAUUGAAGUCUUGUUAAAUCUUCAAAAAUUGAUAUUUCAAGAACUAACUAAUACGGUCUUGUUAAAUCUUCAAAUUUUGAUUUUUGAAGAAUUGCAGAAGAAACGAUUAGAACAGAGGUCU